AUGAGCGACGAACAACCAUUAUUAAACAAAUCAAAACAUUUUUCUUUUCAUUAUGAUGAUAAUGCUAAAAGUACUAAAAAUCUAGCAAGUGAUACUCUUUAUGAUUGGCAACGAUGUUUUCGUGGUCCGAAGAGUGUCGACGAGGAUUAUAAGAAAUUAGACAAUGAAGAUGAAGAUGGAACAUUUCAUCGCAAGGAGACAUCAGUUAAUAUUUUAGAAUUAUUUCGAUUUGCGGAUGGGAUCGAUUAUAUUCUCAUGACUAUCUGUGUGAUUCUUAUACUUAUACACACAUCAUGCUUUCUAGUAACUCUGGUCCUUUUUGGUCGAGUUACUGGGAUGUUUGCUACUCAUUCAUUUACUGUUAGUUGCGAACAACAAUAUAUAGAUACACUUGGAUUUAAUCAAAACCAAAGUGGAUGUCCUUUAGGUAUCACUCUCAAUUCUCAGAAUUAUGAUCGGUUUUUUAAAUUGUGUCAUCCGCAAUCAACCACAAGUCUAACACCAAUAAUUGCUCUAUCAGAUCCUGAAUUUCGAGCAAAUGUUAUGCAUAUUAUUAAGAUAUUAUUUCUUGUCGGUAUUAUUGCAUUUCUAUGUAGUUCAGUUGAAAAUUUUAUAUGGACGAUUUCUGUUAAGCGACAAACAUCUCGUAUGAGUGUUUUACUUUUUCGAUCACUUAUUCAACGUGUAGCUUUUUUUCAGAAUGUGAGCUAUUUGGAUAUGAAUCCAGCUAGUCAAUUUAAUUCAAAAUUAUUUGCUAAUAUUGAUAAGAUCGAAAUGGGUAUUAGUUUUGAAUUUUUGGCAUUAGCUGCAAUUGUAUUUGUUAUGAUUGGUAGUGUCAUCACAUCUUUUAUAGUUAACUGGAAAUUAACUCUGAUUUUAUUUUGUCUUAAUCCAUUUGUUGUUUGCGCCUCAUUAAUAUUUUCUAGGCUUAUGGCUAGUGAAGCAAUCAAUGAAUUAAGAACAUAUUCAAAAGCUGGACAAAUCGUUCAAGAAGUGUUUAGUUCAUUACGAACGGUUCAUUCACUCAAUGGAAGUAAAUUUGAACAAAAACGAUACGAAAAAGAAUUGAGUCCAACUCGUUGGAGUAAUAUACGCAAAGGUGCUUUGUUUGGUGUAUUUGUUGGUUGGUUAUCUCUUGUGAAUUAUAUAGUUUAUGCAGUUGGUUUCAUUUUUGGUUCUCUACUUAUGUCUUAUGGUGGAUAUAACCAUAAUAUAUCUAUUAGUGAUAUUCUUGUUUGUGUUUCUAUAUCUGCACAAUGUAUAAGUUUUUUUAGCAAGACUGGCCCAUUUUUCCAAUCAGUUUCAGAAGCUCAAGGUGCAGCUGGACCUGUAUUUCGACUUAUUGAUGAGGAACAAGAUCCACAAAUAAAUGAAUUAGAUCUAAUGAAAGAUACUUCAUUAACUCCAGAUUCGACUAUAAUUGGUGAU